CAGCUCUUUGCCUCACCCCAUGUUGAAGACCAUUAUAUUUGUAACCCUUAUGACUGGAAUCUUAAGACCGGGCGGGUCUCUAACGCACCAAACUGUUACCCUUCACUUAUAAACGAUAACAAUUUCUGUUUGUACAUUUUGUUAAAUGCAAGCAAAGCAAAUACACCGACAAUGCCAGCUCGGCAGGCGGCAACAUGUUCACCAACCACGGGUCGCUUUUUGCCAGCCUAGGGCGCGAGGCCUGCGCUGCCAUGCGGCAGCAACUACCCUUGCUCCUACAAGAGCACCAGGCGCUCUGUCGUCGGGCCGUCAACGGCCGCUCGACAUGGAGAAAGACAUUUGCAACAUCAUCAGCAAGUACUCGCCGGACUACGUUAGGAGCAGGGUCCUGCGGGGCCCGGGAGACGCAUUCAAAUGCCUGUUCCGAGUAGCCGAGAUCACGGGUCGUGUGGGCUGGUUCGUGGGCUCGCUGACCGCGGACCGCCUGACUGGGCACCAGGACACCCCGGAGCGGGUCAAGAUGCGGGCUGCGCAGCUGCGCGAGAUGCUGACGGCGCUGGGCCCCUCCUUCAUCAAGGCGGGCCAGGUGCUGGCCAACCGGCCCGACAUCGUGCGGGAGGACUACAUGAACGAGCUGUGCGUGCUGCAGGACGACGUCCCCCCCUUCCCCGACUCCGUCGCCUUCUCCAUCAUGGAGGAGCAGCUGGGCAGGCGGCUGGAGCAGGUGUUUAGCUCCAUCAGCGAGCGGCCCGUGGCGGCAGCCAGCCUGGGGCAGGUGUACAAGGCUGUGUUGCGCGACACGGGCGAGGAGGUGGCCAUCAAGGUGCAGCGGCCGGGGGUGGAGCCCACCAUUCUGAGGGACCUGUUCGUGUUCAGGUCUCUUGGCUGGCUGUUCAACGCGCUAUCCCGGCGGCGGCUGGGCUGCGACGCGGUGCUGAUCGUGGACGAGUUCGGUGAGAAGCUGCUGGAGGAGCUGGACUACACGCAGGAGGCGAAGAACAUCCAGGAGUUCGAGAGGAACUUCAGGUCCGACCCCACCGUGAAGAUCCCCUGGGUUCGCCCCGCGCUGUGCGGCCCGCGCAUGCUUGUGAUGGAGUGGAUAGACGGCAUCCGCUGCACCGCUCCUGACGCCAUCCGGAGGUCGGGGGUGGCGGUGGACGACUUCAUAAAGUGCGGCGUGGUCAGCGGGCUGAGGCAGCUGCUGGAGUUCGGUCUGUUCCACGGCGACCCGCACCCGGGAAACAUCUUCUGCCUGCGCGACGGCCGCAUCGCCUACGUGGACUUCGGCAACGUAGCGCAGCUGAGUGCGCGGAACAAGGCGGUGCUGAUCGACGCGGUGGUGCAUGCGGUGAACGAGGACUACGGAGCCAUGGCGGAGGACUUCAUCAAGCUGGGCUUCCUGGCGCCGGGCACCGACAUCGCCCCCAUCGUGCCCGCGCUGGAGAAGAUCUGGGCGGACUCCAAGGGGCAGUCGCUGGCGGACUUCAACUUCCGCACCGUGACCUCCAAGUUCAACGAGCUGGUCUACCAGUACCCCAUCCGCAUUCCCGAGCGCUACUCGCUGGUCAUCAGGUCGCUGCUGACGCAGGAGGGCAUCUGCAUGACGCUGAAGCCCGAGUUCCACUUCCUGGAGGUGGCCUACCCCUACGUGGCGCGCAGGCUGCUCACGGACGAGGACCCCGCGCUGAGGGAGAGGCUGUUCCAGGUGUUGUUCCAGGACGGCCGGUUCCAGUGGCGGCGGCUGGAGAACCUGCUGAAGCUGGCCAAGGAGGGGGCGGCGGGAGGGGGGGCAGGGGUAGGGGGAGCAGCUGGGGGGUCCAGCAGCAGCAGUAGUGCCAGCAGCAGCAGCGGGGGUGGGGGUCUGGACCUGAGUGACACGGCCAAGGAUGUGCUGCGGGUGCUGCUGCUGGAUGACAAGCUGAGGAACCAGCUGCUCCUGGCGCUCACCGAGGAUAACACGCUGCACGUGCGCGAGCUGCUGCGGCUGCUGGCGCUGGUGCGCGGCGACAUAGACCCGCAGCGGCUGCUGGGGCAGGUGGUGGCGGGGGCGCCGGCGCUGGGGCGGCAGCUGCUGCUGGGCUGGGCGGACAAGGUGCUCGUGUCGUGAGGGGUGGGGGGCGCGCUAGUACCUGCGGGGCUACCCUGCAAUAUCAGCUGGUGUGGUGGGGAGGGUCAGGCGGGGAAAGUGUGAAUAGUGAAGCAACGGAGUCCCAGUCCCAUACCGUAUCCCGACGGAGGGGGUCAGGAGGCGGCAGAUGACCAAUCGGGAGAGCGCUGGGACUUCCCCACACCGCACGUGCCCACGGCAGGACUUACUGUGGGGUGUUGUAAAGCAGUCAAGAGGAGGAGGAGGAGCU